GAAAACUUACUCACAACAACGUGCGGCAGCAAAGAGGAAGACGCUACGGUGUGGAAGUUGUAGUACCUGUUGUAGACAAGCAAUGACUUCUAGAAAUCGCGCGACGUAGUAGAGUAGAACUGCUUAAGGAACAAAAGUCAGUAUUUUUUUCUAGGUUUAAUUGCUACUUUUUCUUUUUUUUCGUACAGUUGUAGAAGAGAAAACAGCGUACAGAAAAUGAGGCUCGACACGUCCAUUCUCCGUUACCUCACGAAGGAGGACUUUCGGGUGCUUACGUCGAUUGAAAUGGGUCAGAAAAACCACGAAUUUGUGCCCACGACACUGAUCGAGGCAAUUUCCAAUCUCAGGAGAGGAGGUAUAAAUAUUAGCAAUGGAAUGGAUCCGCUCUCUUGUCCGUACUUUUGAUUGGUAUGCAUGACCAGCACUGUGUGAAGAGAGCUUCUCGCACGAACGCGCUUGAUUUCUUCGAUCCACUGCUGUAGUUGCAAGCGACCAUCGGUCGUUGAUGAAAAUCAAUGCAACAAAGCAUAAACCAAAACCCCAUAACGAACUACAGGUUGCCGCAAGGUCCUGUCCCUUCUUCUAAAGCACAAGCUGGUGGUUCACGACGGCAAGAAGUAUGACGGUUAUAAGCUCACGUACAACGGCUACGAUUUCCUCGCUUUGAAGACCUUUCUCUCGCGGAACCUGAUCGACGACGUGCAGAUGACGCGCAUCGGGGUCGGGAAGGAGGCCGACGUCCACGUGUGUUACGAUCAGAACGGCAAGAAACUCGCUUUGAAACUCCAUAGAUUGGGGAGGAUCUCCUUCCGAUCCAUCAAAAACAACCGAGAUUAUUUGCAGCAUCGCAAGCACGCCAGCUGGAUGUACUUAUCCAGACUCGCGGCGACAAAGGAAUACGCGUACAGUAAAGCGCUGUUUGACGCGGGAUUUAAUGUGCCGAAAGCGAUUGACCACAACCGACACGCCAUUUUGAUGGAGUUUGUCGACGCUUUUCCGCUCUACCAGAUGCGGAUGCUGAACCGACCGGAGAAGGUAAAAAUAUUCGUUCAUCGGUGGAUGUGGAUGUGCAUGGCAAAUCAUAUUAAACAUAAGCGAAUGGAUUCUAUUGUGAGUUCCACAUGCGGCCAACCUACAUCUUGACGAAUAUUCAUUUGUGAUGCAAAAAUGACUUUUACGAAAAACAAAAACAGGUGAUGUCCUCCCUCUUCCGCCUGCUCCUCAGACUGGCGAAAGCGGGGAUCAUCCACGGUGAUUUCAACGAGUUUAACCUGAUGAUCGACACAAACGAAAAAAUCACGCUGAUCGACUUCCCCCAAAUCGUCACCAUGGAACACACCAACGCCGACUUCUACUUCGAGCGGGACGUGAAUUGCGUUCUGCGGUUUUUUCGAAAACGGUUCAAUCUGGAAUGCGAAGAAUUCCCCACGUUUGAAGACGCGAAACAAAUGUACGAGGAGUUGCAGCUAGAGAACAGUGGUGGUUGUGGUAGCACAAAAGAUCAUGCUGAUGAUGAGUCAUUUUCUAGCAGCAUGAUGUCGGGCAAUAUCAAUAGACCCGGAUCAUCUUCGACAAAAAUCCAAUUAUCUGCUGGCGGACUGCUGGAAUCGGAAAACAUGCUUCUGCUGGAGACGAUUCAGGAGAACAACGAGGAAGAUUUUUGCGAGGAUGAAGAGGACGAUGAUGAAGCAGAGGUUCAGGCUGAGAGUGAAGAUGCUGAAGAUCUAGUAGAAGCCGAAGAUAAUUCCGCUGACGAAGCUGCAGGUUCAGAUGAGGAGGAGGAAGGUGUUGAAACGGCUGAAGGGAAACAAAACCAGGACAAUUUGAACGACGACGAUAUUGAGGCCAUGUAUGAAAGAAUGGCAAGGCUGGAGUUGGCGGAAGAAAAUGUGAAUGCCGCGGAACUGAACGGAAUAAUAAAUGUGAAAGCAACUACUUCGAGUAGACAAAAAUGCUCGCGGCCACAGGACCUGAACGCUUCGACCUGCGCGUCUUCUGUGUCCGAAGACCGAGAAGAAGCCUCAGAAUCAUCCGAAUCAGAAUCCGAGUCGGAGAAUGAGGAUAGAGCUGCAAAUGGAGAAAUGAAUACGAAGAACCCCGGCAUCGUCCAGGACCAGAUCCACGUACUGCAGCGGAAAAAAGUGCAGCGGAAGGUGUUAACCGCGGACGAAGUGAAGAACAAACUCAAACAGAAGGAAAAACAGCAAAAAUUCAAAAACUGCAACAAGAAUAAAAUGCAAAGGAAAAUGAAAAACGACGCCACCCAGGCCUGCAAAGAGAUGGGCGGAUUUUAAAAACAUAGAUUUAGGAGCACAGGACAAAUGAAAAGAAUUGUCUUAUUCUUGCACAGCGACACUAUUGAGCUGAAGACUUUUGAUCUUCGAGCGAAACAACACCGAUUACAAUGAGCUGCCGCUACGGAGUUUAGCGUGAAGCUACUUUAGUACAUACAU